AUGGGUUUCGCUCCCCGAGGAGGUGGCCGUGGUGGCUUCGGUGGUGGUGACCGUGGAGGCCGCGGUGGACGUGGAGGAUUCGGUGGUGACCGUGGCGGUGGCCGCGGUGGACGAGGUGGAUUCGGCGCCCGUGGUGGUGGUGACCGUGGCGGUGGCCGUGGUGGCUUCGGUGGCCGUGGCGGCGGUCGUGGUGGUGAUCGUGGCCGCGGUGGCCGCGGUGGCAGAGGUGCGCCUCGUGGUGGCCGUGGUGGUGCCGCUGGCGCCCGUGGUGGUGCUAAGGUCGUCAUUGAGCCCCACCGUCACGCUGGUGUCUUCGUUGCCCGUGGUGGUAAGGAGGAUCUGCUCGUCACCAAGAACCUGACUCCCGGCGAGGCUGUUUACGGCGAGAAGCGCAUCUCCGUCGAGGGCCCUGCUGGUGAGGAUGGUGCUGUCACCAAGAUCGAGUACCGUGUGUGGAACCCCUUCCGUUCCAAGUUGGCUGCCGGUAUCCUCGGUGGUCUGGACAACAUCUACAUGAAGCCUGGAAUGAAGGUCCUUUACAUUGGUGGUGCCAGUGGUACCUCCGUCUCUCACGUUGCCGAUAUUGUCGGCCCUACCGGUAACGUUUACGCCGUUGAGUUCUCUCACCGUUCCGGUCGUGACUUGAUCGGCAUGGCCACACACCGCACAAAUGUGAUUCCUAUUGUUGAGGAUGCCCGUCAUCCCCUCCGCUACCGCAUGUUGGUCCCUAUGGUUGAUGUUAUCUUCGCUGAUGUUGCCCAACCGGAUCAAGCCCGUAUUGUUGGCCUCAACGCCCACAUGUUCCUCAAGGACCAGGGUGGUGUUCUGAUCUCCAUCAAGGCCAGCUGUAUCGACAGUACCGCUGCCGCUGAUGUUGUCUUCUCCCGCGAGGUCCAGAAGAUGCGUGAGGAGAAGGUUAAGCCCAAGGAGCAGCUGACUCUUGAGCCCUUCGAGCGUGAUCACUGUAUCGUCGGUGGUGUCUACACUCGCUCUUCAUAA